AUGUCAUCAGAGGAAGAAUUGAUUGUAUUAUUCAAAAACGUUGGUUUUGAUGAGAAAAAGUCCAAGGACAUUGCCAAAAAUAAGAAAGUGGCAGGGUUGUUACAAUCUGUGUUGGAGAAGUCAUCGGUUGAGUCAUACACUGAUGAGAAGAAAUUGACCUUGUUGCAUCAAUUGGCUAUAUUGGAGAAUAAGAACGGUAAGCCAAUCCCUCAUAUUGACUUUUUGAUCAAUGGAAUAAACAAUGAUGAAAUAAAGACAAACUUGCAGAUCACUGAGGGAAUUAAAUACUUGCAAUCACAUAGUGAGGCUAAACAAGAUGAGUUUAAUGAAGCAACUGGUGUUGGGAUCGAAAUAGGAGAAUCAGAAGUGAAGCAAGAGAUUGCUAAAUAUCUUGACUCGAUCAGCUCCAAAUUGGAGUCUGAAAGAUAUGCUGUUUUACCAAAAGUCAUGUCUGAAGUUAAAGCGCAACCUUCAUUAAAAUGGGCGCCACCCAACUUGUUCAAGCCCAUUCUCGAUGAAUUAUUCUUAGCAAGGUUAGGACCUAAGGAUGAAAGGGACGUUAAGAAAAAGGAAAAGAAGAAACCAGUUGCUGCUGGUGCCGCUGGUGCUGCUGGUGCUGGUGCUGCUUCUGCCACAUCCACUAGAGAACCAGAAACUGAAAGGUCAAUGUUUUCUGAGGGUUUCCUUGGUGAUUUACAUAAACCAGGUGAAGAGCCUCAAAAGUUCCCCGAGCUAUUAAAGGAACAUUGUGAAUUCAUUAAAGGUCAAGUCUACACUCGUUUCCCGCCUGAACCAAAUGGGUUUUUACAUAUUGGACAUUCAAAAGCAAUCAUGGUUAAUUUCGGUUUCGCUCAAUUUCACAAGGGCAAGUGUUAUUUGCGAUUUGACGAUACCAACCCUGAAGCUGAAGAAGCCAAAUACUUUGAAUCUAUUAAGGAGAUGGUUUCCUGGUUGGGCUACAAGCCGUGGAAAAUCACCUACUCAUCAGACUACUUUGAUGAACUUUUUGAAUUAGCAGUGAAGCUCAUUAAGAUGGACAGAGCGUACAUUUGUCAUUGUACGCCAGAGCAGGUAAAACUUGGCCGAGGUCAGCGUGAAGAUGGAUCUAUGGGCGGUGAACGUUUUGCUUGUGAGCAUCGCUCACAAUCAGUUGAACACAAUUUGGCAGAGUUUUUAGCGAUGAAGGACGGAAAAUAUGCCACCGGUGAGGCUACAUUACGUAUGAAACAGGAUUUAUCUAGUCCAUCGCCACAAAUGUGGGAUUUGGUUGCUUACAGGGUAUUGAACAAGCCUCAUCAUCGUACCGGAUCCAAAUGGAAGAUCUACCCCACUUACGAUUUCACCCAUUGUUUAGUCGAUUCGUUGGAGAACAUUACUCAUUCAUUAUGUACCACUGAGUUUGUUUUAUCAAGGGAAUCAUACGAAUGGUUGUGUGAUACUUUGCAUGUAUAUAGACCAGCUCAAAGGGAGUAUGGAAGAUUGAACAUGACUGGUACAAUCAUGUCCAAGAGAAAGAUUGCCAAAUUGGUCAACGAGGGCUACGUCAGGGGCUGGGAUGAUCCAAGAAUUUACACCUUGGAAGCCAUUAAAAGAAGAGGUAUACCACCAGGGGCAAUAUUGUCUUUUAUAAACACCUUGGGAGUGACCACAUCAACCACCAACAUUCAAACCACCAGAUUUGAAAGUGCUGUACGCCAUUUCCUUGACCAAACCACACCUCGAUUGUUUUUGGUCUUGAAUCCAGUUGAAGUUCACAUUGACAAUUUGGCUGAUGAUUUUGAAUUGGAAGUGGAAAUUCCUUACAAGCCGGGCAAGGAUGUCAAUUCAUUAGGCAACAGGAAAUUGAAGUUCACCAAUAGAGUGUACAUUGAUCGUGGUGAUGUUCGAGAUGAGCCAGCUGAUAAGGAAUACUACAGGUUGGCCCCUGGCCAACCAGUUGGGUUAUUGAAGGUUCCAUUUAAUAUUAUUUACAAAUCGAUUGAGACUGUUGAUGGUAAAACCAUUGUCCACGUUGAUUACGAUGCUGAUCAGACCACCAAGAAACCCAAGACAUAUAUCCAAUGGGUACCUGUCAACGACUGCAAAUCGAUUAAGGAAGUUAGAAUCUAUAACCAAUUGUUCAACUCUGAAAACCCAGCAGCACAUCCAGAUGGAUACCUUGCUGAUAUCAAUCCUGCCAGUGAAGACGUAUUGACCAAUGCCGUGAUUGAAUCAAACUUUGACGAAAUUGCUGCCAAGUCACCAAUGAAUUUGAAAAUUCCGGAUUCCCAAUUCAACAUCAAAGAGGAUGCAGGAAAUCACACAAUCAGAUUCCAAGCGUUGAGAGAGGGCUACUUUUGUGUUGACAAGGAUUCUAGAGAUGGCGCUUUGGUCUUGAAUAGAAUUGUCACUUUGAAAGAAGAUGCCAACAAGUAG